UUCCCACAAUAUGGCAGCAGUGGAUGGUUACAUGGACGGGUGAAAGCUUGCACUGUCAUUACAAACUUUUUAUUUACGUGUGAAACUUCAAAUUGCGAGCUCAAGUGUUGAUGAAGCCGCUUUCAGUGCCUAAAAGUGCCGCGUUUUGCAUGGACUGAGCAAAGGGACCGGUUGAAAACGUACCGGAUUUCGCGAGCAAGUGUGAAGAAGGACUAUUUAUAACCGCGUUGUGUCCAUCUAGUUAUGUGCGAUGGUCUUUGCCCCGUUUGCUCGCGCCCGAACGUCCGCCGCCCUGUGUCCGAAGGCCCCCAGUGAACCUGCCCAAAAGUAAAAAUUAUGUGUGACAAGACUUCCACAGUGGCCCACCUAAAUCGUACAAAAACAUGUACGAUAUUGGUUAAUGUAACGUAGGUCCGCAGUCCAUUAUAAUGCACUCGAGCAACAAAAAUGAGCCUUGUUCCACUAAUUCCACUAUUCCGUGUAUGUAUGACACCCCGUGCGACCCGAAGGAUAGUGAUUAUGAGAAGGUGUUUUGUCCGAAUAACGAACUGUCGGAGCCCCCCAAGACCCGCUGUGAUAGACUCAAAACUGGCUCUUCCUGUCAGGCCCUGAAGCAUGCUGUGGCGUCCCUGCACCGCCUCGAUGACUUCCACAAGGAGAAGAUCGGCUCUGGAUUUUUCUCGGAGGUUUUCAAGGUGACCCACCGAGUAACAGGCCAAGUGAUGGUACUAAAAAUGAACCUGUUGCGCUCGAACCGCCGCAACAUGCUGAAGGAGGUGCAGCUGAUGAACAAAUUGUCCCAUCCAAACAUCCUCAACCUGAUGGGAGUAUGCGUCCACGAAGGCCAACUCCACGCUCUCACCGAGUACAUCAACGGCGGCUCCUUGGAGCAGCUCGUCCAAAACAGGAGCGUGGAUUUGCCCCAGCCGACGAGGGUCUCGCUAGCCAGGGACAUUUCCUACGGGAUGAGUUACCUUCAUUCCAAGGACGUCUUUCACAGGGACUUAACAAGUAAAAACGUCCUCAUCAAACGCCUGGAAUCCGGCGAUCUCCAGGCCGUCGUCGGCGAUUUCGGCCUCGCGAGCACCUUCCCCGACGGCAAAACCAAGCUAUGUACGGUAGGAUCGCCGUACUGGAUGUCCCCCGAGUGCCUGAAAGGUCAAUACUACGACCAACAAAGUGAUGUUUUUAGUUACGGAAUAGUAUUAUGCGAACUGAUAGCACGCGUAGAAGCCGAUCCGGACCAAUUGCCCAGGACUGACAAUUUUGGUCUCGAUUACCUAGCGUUUACCGAAAUGUGUGGACAGAACGUUGUACCUGAAUUUUUGAACCUGGCGUUUCGAUGCUGCACCAUCACUCCAAGCAGUCGACCGACAUUCAAUGAGAUCGUCCACAUAUUGACCGACAUCCUGGCCGAUCUGCAGCAUGCCGCCGACCGGGAGCAGGCGAAGCUGGCGAGCUGCGCGGCCAAGAGCGAGGAGCAGUUGCCGAUGCUCUCGGUGCAGGCGUCUGCACCGCAACACAGAAAGAUCGUCCACCGGCGAUCGCUCUCCGAAGACGUUGCCGUGUUGGCCAUCACCAUGCACGCCACCCCCAGCGAGAAGGCCCGCCGUCAUGCCCUCACCAUGUGCCGCCAGGACCCGCACUACAAACCUCGCACCAGCAACCCGUUCGCGACCCUCGCUCAAUUUCGCGGAGUGAAAAAGUUCCUCGGCAACUUCUCCUCUUGCUGUGAGUUGCCAUCGCCCUUCAUCGAACCCACCAUGGAGUCGCCGAAGUCGCUCCCCGGGUCGCCGACCUCCUCGCGGAAAGCCACCACGUCGAGGUCGCCUCUUUUCGUUCACCCUUUCUUCAAGGGGGGCUCCAGCACGAACCUGCUGGAGUUGGGGAACAGCGAGAACGCCAACGUGAGCCUGAGGAGGAGAGGUUCGUGUGAAUCGGGGUUUUACUCGAGCGUGGGGGAGUGUCUGUCGCCUAGCAGUCUGUGGGACAGCGGCACGGCGGUGAGCUCGCUGAGGUCACUGGACGAGCUGGAGCCCAACGAGUUGCAGAUUUUCCACAAGAGGGCGUCGUCGAUCUGCACCGACAGCAGCGAAGACAUCUCGAGUCUGACCGGGUCCGAGUGGGUGCAGGAGAUGAAGCCGAAGAAUAUUUCCUCCAUGGUGGACUACUUCGAGAAAAAGGGGGCGACGUUGAGGCACCCGGGCGGCGUGCGGGGCGGUCUGCAGCUUAGUUCGAGGAUAGCGGCUUUACGUAGAUCUUUGGAGAAGCACGGCACUUCGGGCGCGCCCGCCAACUCGCACCUGACGCCGCAGAGGCACAAGUGCACGAGGAUCGUGGUGUGCGAGGGCGCGGUCCGGUCGAAGUUGCCCCUUUUCGAUAAGAAUGAGAUAUAAGACUUAAUAUUGGAGCAACCAGUCAGUGGGUGGAAACAUCUACUUCCCGGACAAGUGCCUCACCGGACGCUGGAUCACACCUGCCAUCAGUAGCGUCAUGCUUUUCUCCACGAAAAACUUCCGCUUAUACCGCCAAAAAAUUAAUAAUUCUUUAACGGUAUAAUUAUUUUGAGCAGUGUGGCACCUGAUAUGUAAUUGAGGUACCUGCUCCACUCAUAAUUUGAAAAAAGAAUUGAUUAAAAAAAUGUGUUUUUUGUAAACGACAUCAACCAUUCUAUUGCAAAUAGAGUAUGGUAUGUUUUUUAAAUAGGCUGCAUGUUAUCAGUAAUUUAACAUCUGUAAUAUAUUAAUUUUAUUUACCAAAAUAAUUUUUGACACCUCCGUAUUUAAAGAAAAAUUAAUUUUGCUUAUCUUUUUUUUAAAUUUCCUUCUGGUUUUGAAGAUUUCAUAUUUUGUUAAAUUUUAGAAAUACAUGCCGCUUGGAAUUUGUUUUACUUUUAAAUGUUUUUCCUAUGUUGCUUCUCUUAUACUUUUUCGGCUUUCCUAAGCUAUGAAACUUAUGGUUUGUAAACAAUCAGUGUAAAAAAAAACAUGAAAAUUAAAGAAACGUCAAUUGUUUCACCUUUUCCAAUUUUCUAAACAUUUUUAAAGCACUGAAAAAAGAAGUCGUUUCCAAAAAAAAAAACACGAAUUAUUAGAUUAAUCACUGAAGAGUGAAAUACAUAAAUUGAGACAUUGCCAUUUAUUUAUUUUUAAAUUAAAUCAAGGAGUUUCGCCUCAAGUACUAUCACUGCAAAAAAGCGAAACAUACUGUAAAUCCAUUAAAAAAAUAUUCUAUUGUAUUUGAAAAGAAAACGUUGAUGUCAAUUCUGAUUAAGCCCAAAGAAGAUGUAAAUAAAUCUACUAGUGUGACUACUAGUUUUAUAUUUU